AUGCCACCAUCCUGCAGCCUGCAGGCCCUCUGUUGCCCAGGCAUCGAUGCCAUCAUCGACGAGACAAACCUCAACGCCCUCGUCUCUGACACAUCCGGUUGGGUGCAGGCCAACUUCCAGCCAUACUUGGGCAAUUUUAUGUUCAAGUACAGCACCGUCGGCAACGAGGUCGAAGGCGGUGAUACGCAGAAGAUCCUCCCGGCCAUGCAGAACCACAACACCGCGCGCUCUCUGCGGCAGGCCUCAGCAGCAUCAAGGUGUCAAGGGCUGUCAAAAUGGGCGUGCUUGCCGCCACCUCCUUGCCUUCGUCUGACGGCGCACUCGCCGACCCAUGGUCAUGGAGGUCCCAUCGUCAAGUUCUUGGCGAGCAACGGUUCACCGCUGCUGGCCAACGUCUACCCUUGGCCUACAAGGGUGCAAAUGGUAGGCGCGUCGAACGUGUCGAUUGUCGUCGUGUCGGAGAGCAAGUGGCCGUUGGACGGCGGCUCCGUAAAAGGAAUCGGUGUUCGUAGCUUCAAAAGGAGAAGAGGGUAA